CAGAACACCCCCCGGGCGCAGAACUAUUUGACCAUCAUGCCGUGCGAUAGGCUGACAAGUGGAUCCAAGAUGGCGUAGAAAGUAAAGCUAGACACUCUGUCCCAGAGUCAUGGAGGACAGGAGACCACAGAAGUCAUGUGAAGAAGCCAUUGGAUCAUUAGUGAGGCGGGAGUAUGAGACGGCGGUGGCCCACAGCACGGAGGCCCUGCUGGCCUUGGGGCCGUGUCCCCCCACCCCCAACACGGCCCUCCUCCGCAAGCGUGCUCUGCUCUACCGGAUUGCAGGCCUGCUCCAGCUGAAGGAGUAUGAUCAAGCUGAUGAAGACUGUAAGCAUGUGCUUGCUGAAGAGUUGGGGAAGGCAGAGGGAAGUUUUCGAGCUGGACUUCAGAACAUGUUGCUGGAUGGAAGUCUACAGGAGGUCUUUAGCAUUCUCUCCAAAGCUCUGUAUGGAGAACCGCUGAAUGGAAUGAUGGCUAAGGAUAUGACGAGACUGAAAAUACUUCUAUCUGAAAUUGAGGCCAUAAACAGUAAGAUGACGACGCAGCUGCCGGAGGAGAGCGAGGAGGAUGUUCUGGAGGGGUGGCAGUUCCGUCCUCCACCUCGAGGAGUCACUAGCAGUGAGGAGUACACUCUGUGCAAAAGGUUUCUGGAGCAGGGCCUGUGUCGAUACGGGGCUCAGUGCACAUCAGCCCAUUCUCAGGAGGAGCUGACGGAGUGGCAGCGGCGCUAUGCCUCCAGACUCAUCCGGCUGAAGCAGCAGCAGGAAGGGAAGCACUACACUGAGAACUACAUGGAGGCGCUCAUAGAAAAGUGGAUCAACUCCCUCUCUCCAGAGAAAGUGCUCAAUGACUGUGUGGAUGGAGUUACAGUGGAACAUAGCUCAGAUCUGUCAGUCACUGUCAACACCAAAAAGUCUUCUCAUUCCUGGACAUUCUCACUUUACUGCAAGCCUGCCCGAACCCUGCACCGGAUCGCCCUGCUCUACGACGCCAACCGGCCACACUUCUCCAUCAUGGCCGUGUCAGCGGGGGACACGUCCAGCCAGGUGCAGCAGGAGGGGUGUGAGAGCGGUUGUCAGGAGUGGAGCGGAGCGGGUCUCGUGCAGAACGGCAUGGAUCACUGCCUCUACACCGUGGAAGUGGCCUUCAACACAGAGAUCUUCGGGACCUUCCGGCAGACGGUGGUCUUUGACUUUGGUUCAGAACCUGUGUUGAUGCAGAGAGUGAUGGUGGACGCGGCAUCUAUUGAAGACCUGGAGCAUUUAAUGCAGGCCCGCCAGCAACUCCUGAUGACAGCAAAGCGCUGGGACUCGUCCUGUAAGACCAUCGUGGAGUUUGUUCCUGGUGAGAACAUGGAGCUGGAGCGAAGUCUGCUGAGCCGCUAUCAGAUCCCACUGUCUGCUGACCAGCUGUUCACUCAGUCUGUGCUGGACAAGUCCCUCACCCGUGAUAACUACCAGGCCCGCCUCCACGACCUGCUCUACAUCGAGGAGAUCGCUCAGUACAAGGAAGUCAGCAAGUUUAACAUCAAGGUGAAUCUACAGCUUGUGUCCAGUUUCAUGCUGACUGGCAUCUCUGGGGGCGCCAAGUAUGCUCAAAAUGGGCAACUAUUUGCCCGUUUCAAACUGACGGAGACGUUGUCAGAGGACACGCUGGCGGGAAGGUUGGUCAUGACCAAGGUGAAUUCUGUGCUCCUGCUGCCAGCGAGCCGGGAACGGGUGGGCCAAGGCCAUCCCACCAGCAGCAAGGAGCGUGUCUACGAGGCUCUGAUCGAGGAGAAGACUAAGGACUACAUCUUCCUGCGAAUCUGCAAAGAAUGCUGUGAUGAGCUCGGUCUGGCCCCUGACAGGGAGCUACAGGUGGAGCUACAGUUCCAGCUUAACAGGCUGCCGCUGUGUGAAAUGCACUAUGCUUUGGAUCGCCUCCGAGACAACAGUAUCCUCUUUCCCGACACCGGCCUCACCCCCACAAUCCCCUGGAGCCCCAACAGGCAAUGGGACGAGCAGCUGGACCCUCGUCUGAACGCCAAGCAGAAGGAAGCCAUAUUGGCCAUCACCACACCCCUCUCCAUCAACCUCCCCCCUGUGCUGAUCAUCGGACCCUACGGCACUGGCAAGACCUUCACAUUAGCCCAGGCUGUCAAGCACAUCCUCAAGCAGCCCGACUCGCGGGUCCUCAUCUGCACCCAUUCAAACAGCGCCGCUGAUCUGUACAUAAAAGACUACCUUCAUCCAUACGUGGAGGCAGGCAAUCCACACGCGAGACCUCUCAGGGUUUACUUUAGGAACCGCUGGGUAAAGACUGUGCACCCCGUGGUGCAGCAGUAUUGCCUGAUCUCUGGAGCUUACUUCACCUUCCAGAUGCCCACUCGGCAGGACAUAGAGCGCCACCGUGUGGUGGUAGUAACCCUCAGCACCUCCCAGUACCUCUGUCAGCUUGAUCUGGAACCUGGGCUCUUCACACACAUCCUGUUGGACGAGGCUGCCCAGGCCAUGGAGUGUGAGACCAUCAUGCCGCUGGCGCUGGCCAGUAAGAGCACACGCAUUGUCCUGGCUGGAGAUCACAUGCAGCUGAGUCCGUUUGUGUACAGCGAGUUUGCGCGGGAGAGGAACCUGCAUGUGUCCCUGCUGGACCGGCUGUACGAGCACUAUCCUUCGGAGUACCCCUGUAGGAUCCUGCUGUGUGAAAACUACCGCUCCCAUGAGGCAAUCAUCAACUAUACGUCGGAGCUGUUUUACGAGGGAAAGCUGAUGGCCAGCGGCAAGCAGCCGCCUCACAAGGACUUCUACCCUCUGACCUUCUUCACGGCCCGUGGGGAGGAUGUGCAGGAGAAGAACAGCACGGCCUACUACAACAAUGCCGAGGUGUUUGAGAUUGUGGAGCGUGUGGAGGAAAUGAGGAAGAAGUGGCCAGUGGCCUGGGGCAAACUGGACGAGGGCAGUAUCGGCGUGGUGUCUCCCUACGCGGACCAGGUCUUCCGCAUCCGUGCUGAACUCCGCAAGAAGCGCAUGCACGAGGUCAGCGUGGAGAGAGUGCUCAAUGUUCAGGGUAAGCAGUUCCGAGUGCUGUUCCUGAGCACGGUUCGCACUCGUCACACCUGCAAGCACAAGCAGACCGCCAUCAAGAGGAAGGAGCAGCUGGUGGAGGACUCCACGGAGGACCUGGACUACGGCUUCCUGUCCAACUACAAGCUCCUCAACACUGCCAUCACACGCGCCCAGUCCCUGGUGGCCGUCGUGGGAGACCCCAUCGCUCUGUGCUCAGUGGGCCGCUGCAGAAAGUUCUGGGAAACCUUCAUCUCCAUCUGUCACGAGAACGGCAGUCUGCACGGCAUCACGUUCGAGCAGAUCAAGGCCCAGCUGGAGGCUCUGGAACUGAAGAAGACCUACGUGCUGAACCCCCUGGCCCCGGAGUUCAUCCCCCGUGCCCUGAGACCCCAGCACCCCCAGGGCCCUGGCAAGCACCAGCACUCCCCACCAAAGGCGAAAGGACAGCUUGCCAAUCACGCUGAGCACUUUCCUCCUGAAGGCUUCGUUCAGCCGAGCGGCGCCGUGUUGGUGGGAAAUCCCAUCCAGGCUUUCACCCCGCCUGGAGGAGCAGCUCCGGCCGCCGGCAAGUCCCCCAGCCCUGUGCAGCGCAUCGACCCCCACACCGGAGCCAGCAUCCUGUAUGUGCCCGCUGUUUACGGAGGCAACAUGGUCAUGCCCAUGCCACUGCCGCUGCCGUGGGCGGGCUACCAGAACCGCUUCGCCAUGGACCCUCGAAUCAUGAGCCACCCAGCAGCUAUGGCGGCCUACAAUCUGAACCUGCGGCCAGCAGCCAGCCGGGCGUCUCCCGUUCUGUACGGCCUGAGUCAGCCCUCUCCUCUCGGCCUCGCCCAACCGCUCCCUUCUGACAAAGAGCUUCUGCAGGAGCCCAGCGGCAACGGGAAGGUUGACGUUAAUGGAAAAGUGGAGCAUGGCAGGCUGCUGACACCUGAAAGGAAAGCCCCCGAGCUGAAAGAGAAACAGGGAGAGGCAGAGUCGGUUCAGAACAAAAGCCCCGAAUCCCACCCUGGAAUGGGCUUUCCUGCCAGCCGCCUCCUGCGCAAAGAACUGCCGGCCCAGCGCUCUCUCAACUUCCACCUGGCCCCACCCCACCCGGGCUUCGCCCCCCACCCUGCCGGCGGCCCCUUCCCCCAGCAGUACGGCCUCCCCAGACCCCCUCUCCGCAUGCAGGCUCAGCACCCAGGACCCAUGCAUCCUCAGCCUGCCGCCUUUCCUCCUUCUUUCUUCAGCGGCCACCCAAUGGGUCAGCGCAGCCUGCAGUCUCCUGGGCUGGAGGGGAUGGACGGAGGGGAGGGCCUGGUCGGGGGUGUACCUGAGGAGCUGAAGAGUGUAGUUAGAGGUCUGCCCCCUCAGCCCCAGCCCCAGCCACAUCAGCCGCCACCACCCCAGCCACAUCAGCAGCCCAUGCGCCUCAACAGCUUUGGGGAGGAGAGCCUGGACUCACUGCUGGGAGAUACUUUAGAUGGCCAGAGCUGUACAGGCAUAGAUGCUUUGGUUCCUCAACAACAACAGCAGCAGCAGGCGGCACGUCUGAGCCAGUGGAACGAGCCUGGACCCUUCCUGCAGGGUGCUGGACCACCGUUCCCACUUGCCCAACAGCUAGCUCAUCUCGGCCAGCCAGGCCUGCGGCUCCCACAGCAGCUGCUCCGGGCCAACUGGGGUCUGGGCCCCACCGCUGAGGAUGAGCCUCGGCCACCCAUGCCCAGGUAUCCUGGUCUGCUGCGAGAGAUGCUCCCACAGGAGCCCUUCGAGCACCGCGAAGCUGCAGACAUGCCACCCCCGCAGUCCCGUCUACUGCAGUACAGGCAGGUGCAGCAGCCCCGCAGUCCUGGAGAACUGCCCUCUCCCUCCUCCGCCCCCUCAAACCCCCACGCCCACAACCACGUCCCCAACCCGGGCGCCUUCCCUUACCCAGAAACCAGCCGCGACCUCCCCUCCACCAUGCAGCCCUUCCAUCAGCAUCAGGCUUUUAGCCAGGCCGCCUUCUCCCUGCCCCCUGAGCACGCAGCCGGCCCCCUGCCCGUCAAGUACCUCCUCUCUGAAGCCCACUGGCCCCACGCCGGCCUGCAGCAGAGCCAGGUGCUGGGCCCACCUCUGCCCUUCGGCCUGCAGUCCAUGGGGCCCCGGCAGGAGCAGGGGCCUCUUGGGCCACUGCAGCACCAGCAGCAGAAACAGCAGCAGCAGCCGCAGCAUCAUCAGCUCCAGGCCCAGCAGAGUACCCUGCACAAUGUAGAAGAGUAUGAACCACGAGGGCCCGGUCGGCCACUGUACCAGAGAAGAAUCUCUUCCAGCUCUCCUCAACCGUACCCAGAGAGCGUGGUCCAGUGUAAGGACCCUCAGGACCACCCCACGCCCUCCUACAGAUACCCCCCAGCAGACCUGUGGCCCGGCACCAGCGGCCCUGGCCCCAAUCCGGGCCCUGCUCCUCUCCACAACAUUCCGUGCAAUGGAGCGAGCCACCUCGUCCCUCACAGGGACAUAUCAGUUUCAAAGGCGAUGAACGCUGCGGAAGAGCACAGCCAGGCCGAAUGUCUGCAGCCGCCGCCCCACCCCACUAGUCUCACGUCUCUCCAGCACCACGGACAGUUCCCACCCCUCAUGCCCAGCAAGCAGACGCCCCCAGACCCCGGAGGAGGGGGCAACACCAGCCCAGGAGGCUCCCAGGCUCCUGCCCACUCCAAGCCCCCCACCAUGUCCUACGCCAGCGCCCUCCGAGCCCCCCCGAAACCCCGGCCACUGCCCGAGCAGGUCAAAAAGAACAGCGACCCCAUCUCUCUGUUAAAAGACCUUAGCAUAGGGAGUUCAAAUAGUAGCAAUGGGUAUUACUCGUAUUUUAAAUAAGUGAAUAUAUAUAAAAUAUAUACACCUGUUAAAGUGAAAACGAUGACAAAAAAAAUAGAAUAACAAUCUUAAAAAAAUUUCAACCAAUAAAAAAAAAAGUCUUUUGAUUUUGUCGGAUAGUUAGACCUUUGCGUUUUAUUAUUUUUUACUUACUUUAGUUAGUCGGUUAUUUUACAGUUUGACAUCUGUGGUUUUACAAACGAAAAUCAGCAUAUAUAUCAAGAAAUACCAAAAUGUUAAAGAAAAACACACAAAAAAUUUAUGAAAACAAAAAAGAUUUUUAAAAACACAAGGAAUUGGUUGACCACUUAGCUGCCCGUCGUUCUUUUCCUCUAAUUAUGUCUGCUCUAUUUGCAUCAUCUACUAUCCGAAGUAAACUCGUUGAAGUGAUUAUUUUCCCCCGAGCUGGCUUUUUUGCUUUUCUCUUUUUUCCUUUUUUUAAAAUGUUGAAUUCCUUAAUCAUUAUCGGUGUGUUUUCUUGUGCCAGCAGCUGAGUGGUGAACCGACUCGGACAAAAAAUAUUAUAAAAAGUUGUAUAGCUGUAGACAAACUUUUCUCAAACUGUACAUAAAAAUAAAGGAAUAAAAGAGA